AUGCAUGGAACGGGUCCAUUACGCGUUGGCGUUGCCAUUGGACAUGGAACGGGUCCAGAGCUCGCAGCAGCAUUUGAGCAUGUUGCGCAGCAAUUGGCAUCUCGUUACUCUUUGAGGGUCGAGUUUGUCCGUUCAGACAGAAUCUACCAUUCCUAUAACUCUCUGCCUCUUGCGGAGAAUAACCAAAAUGCGACGCUUGACACCUGCGACGAAACCGUAAACGACAUAACACACUACCAACAAUUUUGCGAACAAGAAGCAAGUCGGGGCCUCAAAGUCAUAUUUCGAACGGCAAUAAGUGCGCAGUCGCUGUACACUGUGCGCCAACAACUGGAGGCCGUCAAGGUUGAAUGCUUCGACCGCGGAACGUCAUCUCUUUUGGUCAUCCGCGAUCAAGCGCAAGGAUUCUAUACUGGGACGAAUAAACUUGAUCAGGAUCAGAACUCGGUGUCGAGAACAUGCGAGUUCCGCAAAGAAGUUUUUCAGCAUAUCAUAGCGUUUUCUCUCGAGCGAGCAAGGGAAAAAUGGGGUGACGAUCUCGGAGGGAUAAAAUCCUUGUUGUUGGUGUACAAAUUCCACUUGUUUGACGGAUUAUUGCUGUCCUGGGCGAAGGAAUGGACGAAAGAAUUCGGUAUCAAGGUGGAGUUUGUACAGCCAGAUACGAUGAAUAGGAACUUGAUCGCGUUCGGCGUAGGCCGUUGCCUCAUGGUUGCGGGUAAUGAAUAUGCUGAUAUCAUGCAAACAAUCUUCCUCGAGAAAUUCAACAUGCGGGUUCAAGAAACCUCCUGCUCUGAGAACGUUUAUUUGCACCCAGUAUUGAACCGGCUCAGCGAGUAUCAGACCACUCACGGCUCGGCAGAUGAUAUCACAGGAAAGGGAAUCGUAAACCCUUCUGCCACAAUACGCGCGGCUGCGGCCAUUCUUGAACGUUUCGGGGGAUGCACUGGCGUUGAAGCAGAGGUCGAUGGUGUUUUGAAUAUACUCCAGCAGAACAAGUCAGUCACACCAGAUCAAGGGGGAAAUCUCACCACGUCCGCCUUUAUCGACAUCUUUCUUCAAACUCUCCCCAGCCCUAGUGUCGGCUCGCCCGCUGCGAGUGAAUGUUCGCAAUCGUCCUCCCUCGUUGUCAAUGAGGCUGAAGGGAUGUAUCAGGCGCCUGAUCUCGCUGCAGCUUUUAUGGGGAAGCCAACAGCUGUAGUGGUAAUAGAUUUCCAGAACGACUUCAUUGCCCUAGGAAACCCAGCAACUAUGAACCGCAUCACAGAUGCACUUCUUCGAGUCCUCGCUUUCUCCAGAUCCCAUGCGCAAGAAGUGGUCUUUAUCCAGCAUCUAGGGGAUUCACAAUAUCAGGGGGCAAGCUGGCGGCAUCGAAACUGUGUUCAAAACCGCAAGGACCUCUGUCUGGAGGGAACUUGGGGAGCAGAAUUAUCCCCUGCCCUUUCACCGGAGCCUGGUGAGCUUAUAUUCAACAAGAAAGCACAGUUCGAUGCAUUCCAAAGCCCAGACUUUGAAAAGUAUAUUUCCGAAAAGGGGAUUGAACAUGUCGUCCUCAUGGGCCUGUAUGCGGACAUUUGUAUAGACGCAACAGCCAAGGCAGCAUUCCAAAGAGGCUUAUGGACCACUGUUGUCCAGGAUUGUACGACGUCACUGCAUCUGAAGGAAGAAGAUAUUUUGGGGUACAUGCAGAAGGUUUACGGUGCGAGAGUUGUGGAAAGUGAAAAACUCUUGAGAAUGCAUGCAUAA